AGACACAGACACUCACGUAAGCAUCUACGGAGUAGCACACAUUACUUGCUUAGCUCAAGAAAUGGCCAAGGGAGCGGUGAUGCUUCUUGUGCUCUUCACGGUGCUGUCAGCGGUGAGCCAAGCCCAGCUGCAGCACGGGCCCGGCCACAGGACCUUGUCCCACGGGCACCGCCGGUCCGCCGACCGAGCGGCGCCGACGCACCUCCACUUCUUCUUCCACGACACCGUGAGCGGCGCGUCCCCGUCGGCGGUGCGGGUGGUGGGUCCGGCCGACCCGUCGUCGCGGACCUUCUUCGGGAUGGUGAACGUGAUGGACGACCCGCUGACCGAGGGCCCGGAUCCCGGCUCGGCGGCCGUCGGCCGCGCCCAGGGCCUGUACAUGGGGGCGGACCAGGCCGAGCUGGGCUUCCUCCAGACCAUGAACCUCGUGCUCACCUCCGGCCCCUACAACGGCAGCACGCUCGCCGUGCUCGGCCGCAACUGCCCGCUCACCGACGUCCGCGAGAUGCCCGUCGUCGGCGGCACCGGCGCCUUCCGCUUCGCCCGCGGGUACGCGCAGGCCCGGACUCACUGGCUCGACUUCAAGACUGGCGACGCCACCGUCGAAUACGACGUCUACGUCAUGCACUAGCCUGAAAAUGCUUUGAGGGCUUACUUUCGGCUAUGCUUUGAGAUUUGAGCGUUUUCUUUGUCCUACAUAUCGGUGCAUUUACUUGGGUUAAUUGUGCAAGUUGCAAGAAUAAGUGGCCCUAUGUGAAAUAGUAUACUCUUUUUAUUAGUGGAACUUGUUUAACGCACAUUUUGUUCUUUUUCUUUUUGCUUGAGAGAUGCAAAAGCCUCGUAUUUUGAA